CCCCCUCCCAGGAUUUCAAGAGGCAGGGCGCGUGCUUGCGAGGGAGCCUCCUGCCUUGGCCCCUUCUCAUGUCCGUAACUCAGAAAAGACCGUUCUGCCUGUGCAGUUUAACGGCGUGAGAAGAAAGCAGAGGGGGUGGUAUUUCUGAAACCUGCCGAAAAGGCGGGCAGACGUUACCCAGGCUUCUGGAGGGUCGUCAGGGGGAACGGCGGCAGAGGUUUUGCCCCGCCCCUUUACUUCCGGGGCACUGGGCCCAGCCUCCUGCAUCCCUGGGGCGGGGCGGGCUUGGUCGGCAGAGGCGCUUCCUCCUCGCUGGGCUCUUGCUCCUGUUCCGACUGCCCCUUCCCUUCCAGGGGCCUGGGCUGAAGUUCGGGGCGGGGGGAGAAGCUGAAGCCGGUGCCUGCAGGGCAGCUGUGGCGGCGCUCACGGCAAUAAGAACUAGUUCUUCGAAGAGGCGAAGGCUGAAGCGGCGGAGGCUGGGCAAGAUUCAUACGUUCAAGAAAGUAAUUUACAAGCAUAUGAAAAGAUGGUUAGAUCAAGAUCACCAAGAUGGAAACGAAGGUCUCCAUCACCUGCCUUCAGGAAUCAGGAACAGAACAGACAAAGGCACAAUCAUUUUAAUUACAGCUGUGAAUACAAAGGUUACCGGAAAGAUGUAAAAAAACCUGUGCCAUGGAGAAUGGAAGAUGGGAGACAUGGACAAGUCAAUUCUAGAUAUGUGCCACAUGAAACUAACCACCACCGAGAUUAUGAGUGUCGGUCACCUUCACCAACUCUGAAAAGAAUUCCUUCAGAAGAUAUACAUAAUAAUAAACCUUGUAGAACACAUUCACCAGAAUGGAAUGAAAAUAGCAGAAGAUGCCAGUUUACUUCCAGAUAUUCAGAAACAUCUCACAAAGAGCAUAAUCAAUCAUUUUAUCCUUCCAAAGUACGAGAAAGAGAAAUGCAUAAAGAUACUCGAGCUGCUGGAGGUACAAAAAGAAUGGCAGAUUUUCAUAGACCAUUAGGUACUUCGUGUAAGUCUGAAAGGAAAUGGAAUGAAAAUGACUUAAGGCACCAGCAGUUACAAGAAGACAAGUAUACUCAAUCACCUCGAAGAUUUUCUGGUGAAUAUAUGCCAAGGAGUUCUUUGCAGAAGAGGUAUCCUGAAGAUCGUGAGUACAGGGAAUAUGGGCAUACGUCUAAAAAGGCUAAAGAAAUGGAGAGAUGUGAUGACAGAGAAAUAACAAGCAAUUUGAAAUGGAAGCAAGAUCAUUCCUCUUCACCCAAUCAAGAGAAGGGAGGACAAAGAAAGCUUGGUCUUCAGUCCCGUCAGCCUGUUGAAAAGGAGUACAGUGACAAUUGUAAAACAAAGCUGACAUAUGAUUAUAGUCACAAACAUCAUAGACACUCAGAGGGAGAAAAAUAUGUUUGUGAUGGCAGAGAAGAAAAGUAUAACCAGUUGGAAGACGCAAAAUAUAACUAUCCUAAAGCAGCUUGGAAUAGCAAAUAUUCAGAUUACUAUAAUAAUGAAAGAGUAAGCCAUACAGAAGAACCUCAUACUGAAGCACCUGUUAAACAUUUUUCAGAGAAGGGAUGCAAUUCCUGUGCUAAAUCUUACAAAAGUAAUGCUGGUCUAAUUCCCUUUGAUCAAAAAGCAAAGGAAAAAAUAAAGAAGGAAGGGGAUCUUAGGGGGCAAAUAGAUUUUUCCAGUAGUCAUCUGCGCAACACUUGUCACAAGGUUUCAGAUGUGACCAUUUCAAAUGUUCCCAUUAGGAAGGAAAGGCUCACAGUCAAAGUGGAUAUGAGGAAAAUAAAUAAAUACAGGGAUGCUUCUAGCCAUAUUAUGGAAAGGCAGAUGUCAUGUGAUCUAGUGGCUGUGGGUAAAAAAACUGCAAAUUUCCAUCCGGUAUUUGAACAUAUAAAAUCUGUGACACAGAAGGUAGAACAAAAUCCAUCAAAUGAAUUUGCUCAGGAAAUCAUCACAAUCAUCCAUCACGUUAAAGCAAACUAUUUUAAAUCUUCUGGUUUGACUUUACAUGAACGCUUCUCAAAAAUACAAGCAAAACCAGAUACAAAAGAAGUGAAAAGACAUUCAGAUCCAGAAAUCCACAGGAGAAUUGAUAUGUCUUUGGCAGAACUUCAGAAUAAACGAACUGUUCCAUGUGAAUCUGGACAGAAUAUUGUGAGAGUUCUAGAAGAUCCAAAUGACCUAAGACAUGACAUAGAAAGGAGAAGAAAGGAGAGACUACAGAGUGAAGAUGGAAACACAUUUUAUGUUGAUGGAGUAUUACAAAGGGAUGAACAGAGUUGUAGCUUUUCAAAACCACGAAACUUUUACUCCUGUGGAUUCCAAAGAUCUACACGAUUCCUAAGGCCACCUUAUAGGAAGUUUAUUGGGAAAAGUCACAUGAACUACUAUACUGGAAAAAUACAUGACUCCUCUCAUGAUCAGUUUGAAUGUGAUACCGAAUGUCCUGAAGCACCUAGAAGACCUUUUAAGGUCAACUUUACAGAUGGCCGAUCCCAAUUCAAAUCAAAUUUAGUAAAAAAGGGCUUAUAUAUACAGGCCAAAUAUCAGCGGUUACGUUAUGCUGGAACAAGAGGAUUUACCACUAACAAAUUUAAAGGAAUGUAUGUGAGAAAAGAAAAGGCGAAUUAAGGGCAUGGAAAUCUGAACUGCAAUCCUGAAGUAGAUACCUGUGGCAAUUAUGAUGAUCACUGCAUCUGUUUGCUUUUGACAGCUCUGUCAUGAAUUAAAAUGGAAAAAGCAGAACUAAUACUUUUAUUGAUAAAGAUUUUAUUUUUCAGUAGUAGAAUGCUGCAGAACUUUUCUACCAUUUUAAUAAUGGCUUUUCAGAUACAGUAUUCAACUGAACAUUGUAGAUGGUUCCAUUUGGUUCCUCUUGCAGGCAAGUCUGAAGAAAAGAACACUUGAAUGGAGUCUUUAUUUAUUGAAUACCCUUUUUUCUUCUAAGCAUGGUUUUAUUACUAGGACUUGAGUUGUUAUACACAGAAGUUUAUAUGUUUAAAGUUUAUUGCUUCUAUAAUAAAAAACCAAUCCAAAAGUG